CGCUGCGGCGAGACGGGGGGGAGAAGGUUGCCGGCCAGGUCACGUGAUUCGAGCCGAGCGCCGCGGACCGUCCCCAGCCGGCGGACUCGGAGCCCGGCGCCUGCUCCGCUGCGCCCGCCCGCGCGCCCUGCCCGCGGGCACAGGCCGGUCCGCGCGAGGCGGAGUCUGCGGCGGGAGACCCAGCAGCGGCACACACUUAAAUUACGUGCCCGGCGCGAGCAGCAGCAGCAGCAGCAGCUCCGGCACAGAGGCACCGCCGCGCACUCGCCCCACACCCCUCUGCUGCUGCUCGCCAUGGGAUCCGCCGCCGAGCAGCCGGGCCGGGCCACGGGCCUCGCGUCCAGCCUGCUGAACGACACCCUCGAGUUCUACCGCUGGAGCUGGAGCAUCCGAGACAAACGUGUUGAUGACUGGUUCUUGAUGCAAUCUCCAUUUCCAACGCUGACUAUAAGCACUCUUUACCUCCUCACUGUCUGGCUGGGUCCCAAGUGGAUGAGGAGAAGAGAACCCUUCCAAUUGCGCUUCUUAUUGAUUAGCUACAACUUUGGAAUGGUUCUACUUAACUUCUAUAUUUUCAAAGAGCUAUUUUUGGCAUCCAGAGCUCAAGGAUACAGCUAUAUCUGCCAGACAGUGGAUUAUUCAGAUAAUAUUUAUGAAGUCAGGAUAGCUGGUGCUUUAUGGUGGUACUUUGUCUCAAAAGGAAUUGAGUACUUGGACACAAUAUUUUUCAUCCUGAGGAAGAAAUUUAACCAAAUCAGUUUCCUUCAUGUCUAUCACCAUUUCACUAUGUUCACCUUGUGGUGGAUUGGUAUCAAGUGGGUUCCAGGAGGACAAGCUUUUUUUGGAGCCCAAAUGAAUUCUUUUAUUCACGUUAUUAUGUACAUGUACUAUGGAUUAGCUGCCUGUGGCCCUAAAUUUCAGAAAUAUCUGUGGUGGAAACGAUACUUGACCAUAUUACAAUUGAUUCAGUUCCAUGUGACUCUUGGACACACAGCCAUGUCUAUUUAUAUCGACUGUCCCUUCCCUAAAUGGAUGCACUGGGGUGUAAUGAUCUAUGCUAUCACCUUUAUUUUCUUGUUUGGUAACUUCUACUAUCGGACAUAUAAAAUGCCCAAGGAACCCAUUAAGAAUGGCAAAAUAGUGAAUGGUACUGUUGCAAAUGGUGUAAGCAAACGAGAAAACAAUCUAGCGGUGGAAAAUGGAAAAAAGCAGAAAAAGGGAAAAGCAAAAGGAGAGUAACUUAUCCAGGCCUUAACCAUUGCUGGCAGUGGGGAACCUCCAGUUUGGUUUAAAAAGAAAAAGAAA